AUGGGGACAUCUGGCCUCGACGACUCGGUGGGGCCUCCACCGCUGGCCCGUGAUGUUCAGCAAGUGCGGGCCAUUGAGGCGCAGAUGGAUAUGAGCGACGGGGCUGAAGUCGCAAAGGAGGUGGGGCCUCUCUCUGCACAACUCCUCGAGCAGGACAGUGAGAUGGGCAGCUCUUCGGAUGAAAGCUACGGCGAUGACUUUGCUGGUCAGGAAGACGAAUACUUCUCGGAUGUUUAG